CGUGCGGCCGCAGGCACGGGGUCGAUUCUCCGCGUCUGCGGCGCUCCGGGGCUGGCCGCGGUGCGGGCAGCGGGGACAGCCACGGCGCCUGAGGCGCCCCGGGCGCUCCUUCGGCGCCCGCACCGCCGUGACCCGCCCGGCGGAGGGGCGGCGGUGGGUCUCCAGCGCCCCGGUUCCCCUCCGCCCCCGGUGCCUCCGCCCGCGGGCCCUGUCGGGCUGUGCACGGCCAAAAGUUAGAAUGUGUGGUGAUGGUGUCCCAGAUCAUUGGCGUAUUGGGGAGAAAUGCCUUGCCCCUUGUUUUGAAAAUGGAAAACUUCAUGAAGGAACAAUAACUUCUCUUGAAAAGGACAAGAAUGGAAAAUCAUUUGCUGUUGUAUCAUUCUUGGAGUCUGAAGAAAGGAAAAUACUAAUAACAAAACUUUGUAAAGUCAAAGACAGUAGAGGACCCUGGAAAAGCUUAAUAUUUGAUGAAGGUGAUCUGGAAAAGCCAUAUUUUCCUGACCAAAAUCUUCCAUCUCCUGGAGUUGCUUUUAAAUUAUCUGACAAUGGCGAUUUUAUCCCGUAUACAAUUAACAGAUACCUGCGUGAUUAUCAAAGGGAAGGAGCCCAGUUUCUGUAUAGACAUUAUGCUAAUAAAAGAGGGUGUAUUCUUGGAGAUGAUAUGGGCCUUGGAAAGACAAUACAGGUCAUUUCAUUUUUGGCUGCAGUGCUGCACAAAAAGGGAACACGCGAGGAUAUUGAAAAUAAUAUGCCGGAGUUUUUACUGCGGACAAUGAAAAAGGGCUCAGAUUGUAACCUCAAGAAGACUUUCCUCAUAGUGGCCCCUCUUUCAGUGCUGUACAACUGGAAGGAUGAGUUAGACACAUGGGGAUACUUUAAAGUCUCUGUCUUACAUGGCAGUAAAAAAGAUGAUGACAUGAGUCGCAUCAAGCAAGGGAAAUUUGAAGUUGCUCUUACAACAUAUGAGAUACUUCGCCUGUAUUUGGAUGAAUUUAACCGUAUAGAGUGGUCUGCUGUGAUAGUGGAUGAAGCACACAGAAUCAAGAAUCCAAAGGCUCAAAUAACUCAAACCAUGAAGUCAUUAAAAUGCCGUGUUCGCAUAGGUCUUACUGGAACCAUUCUUCAAAACAAUAUGAAGGAGCUGUGGUGUGUUAUGGACUGGGCUGUACCAGGACUUUUAGGCAGCAGAGUACAUUUCAAGAAGAAAUUUUCUGAUCCAGUGGAGCAUGGCCAGAGGCACACUGCAACUAAAAGAGAGCUAGCAACAGGUCGUAAGGCCAUGGUGAAGCUAGCAAGAAUAAUGUCUGGCUGGUUUCUGAGACGUACCAAAGCACUUAUCAGUGAUCAGUUGCCAAAAAAGGAAGACAGAAUGGUGUUUUGUUCCCUCACUGAAUUCCAGAGGGCUGUGUAUCAGGCUGUGCUAGAGACAGAUGAUGUAACCUUGGUGUUAAGAGCAGGAGAGCCCUGUAACUGCAACAGUGGGCGUAAGAGGAAGAACUGUUGUUACAAAGUAAAUGCACAUGGUGAAACGAUUAAGUCAUUGCGCUUCAGUUACCUAAUGAUCCUACAGAAGGUUGCAAAUCAUGCUGCACUGCUGCAGACAGACAACACUAGCAAACUGCAGGAAGCGCAUAUCAAACGAGUUUGCAGCCAGGUAUUUUCCAGUUUUCCAGAUUUUAUGCAGUUAAGCAGAGAUGCAGCCUUUGAAACUAUUUCAGAUCCAAAAUAUAGUGGAAAAAUGAAGGUCCUUCAGCAGCUUUUAAAUCACUUCCGAAAAAAUAAGGAUAAAGUUCUUCUUUUCUCCUUUUCCACGAAGUUGCUAGAUGUGCUAGAACAGUACUGCAUGGCAUCUGGGCUAGAUUACCGAAGACUUGAUGGAAAUACAAAAUCAGAAGAUAGGGUCAGAAUUGUGAGAGAGUUCAACAGCCUUCAGGAAAUUAACUUAUGUCUUGUAUCUACAAUGGCUGGUGGACUGGGUCUUAAUUUUGUUGGUGCCAAUGUUGUUAUACUGUUUGAUCCUACAUGGAAUCCAGCAAAUGAUCUUCAAGCGAUUGACAGAGCUUAUAGAAUUGGCCAACACAGAGCUGUUAAAGUGUUUAGAUUGAUAUCCUUGGGAACUGUGGAAGAGAUGAUGUACUUGCGACAAGUUUAUAAGCAGCAACUUCACUGUGCAGUGAUUGGAACUGAAAAUGCCAGGCGGUAUUUCGAGGCAGUGCAAGGAUCAAAAGAACAUCAAGGAGAGCUUUUUGGGAUUCAUAACCUUUUCAAACUUAGGACUCAUGGGUCCUGUCUUACCAAAGACAUACUGGAGAGGGAAGGACGGGUAGAAGCAGGAGUAAUGACAGCAACUACAUGGCUGAAGGAAGAGAAUCGUUCAUGCAGCUCAGGAAAGUAUGAACAACCAGACUGUCAAGAAGAUGGAGAUCCCCAAAGCAUUCAGGCACAAUUAAAAAGAGAAGAAACUGAUUUUUGGGAUGAUUUGAGUGAUGAUGAUAUUCUGGAGAGUUCUGUGAAAAAAUCUGACAGAAGGAAACCAUGCAAUGAAAAUGUAACAAAAGGACAGCUUUCCUUAAUGCAGUGUGGAUUCUCUAAGUUGUUGCAGAGAGAAAUUGAGACUACCAAAGAAGGGGAUCACAAUUAUUACUCUAAUCAUUCAAGUUCUGAUGAUCACACUACAAGAAAAAAUGUAAAUAGCAAGCAUGGUGAUUUUCAGAAAUGCCAAACCAGUGUGCCUUUUUUGGAGCAUGGGAAAGCUGUUCUGUCUCCAAAUGGAAGUGAUAAACAAAGUAGGCAUAGUACAGAGUGGCUUGGUUUAUCAGGCUCUGAGGAGGAAGGUGACAUAAAAAAUGAGAAUCAAAGCAUUUUAAAGCAAUGUGACAUAGUCAUGGAAACUGAAACUAGUUCUGAAGCAGAUGAUGAUGUCAUCUUUCCUACCCAAGUUCAAGUAUCCCAGCAACCAGUGCUUACUAAAGAAGUUGAAAUACAUAGGUCAACAUCUGAAAAUUGUGAAGAGUUAGCAAAAGAAAAAGCUGGCUUUGUAUUUAAGGGAAACAGUAGACAAUUUGGAUUCCACAGUACUGAGUCAAAUUUCGCCAUGUCUUUUGAAGAUGUCAGGAGUGACAUAGAUUUGAAAGGAACGAGCGACGUAAGUGAUGAGUCUGAUGAUAUUGAACUUCCCCAUAAUUCUGAAUCAAGAAAGCCAAGAACUCUGAGUUUUCCCAAGUGGAAAAAAUCUCUACCACAAGCAAAGAAGCCCUACAGAAAAGGAAAGGAGAGUGAUUCUCAGAAUAUAGAUGAAUUCUCAUCCUCUGAAGAUAACUUUCCAGUUGAGAAAAUUCAUGCCAGGAAGAAAAGCUAUAGGAGUAAACAGAGUAGCAGAAUUCAGUUUGGGUCUAAAAUGCCAUGUCCUAUUCAAGACACAUCUGUUGCACAAAUGAAGUCAAGCAAUUAUGCUAUGCAUAGCACUUACACAAGUAAAACUGUAUUUGAGUAUCAAGAGAAAAGAAUGGAAUCAAUGGACAAAUAUUUAGAUGGUGUUCAAGAAGUGGCAUAUAUUCAUUCAAAUCAGAAUGUGGUUGGAUCCAGCAAGGCUGAAAAUCACUUGAGCCGAUGGGCGGUGAAGCACGACGUAUUUGAGUUGAAGCAGUUUUCCCAGCUCCCUGCUAAUGUAGCUGUCUGUAGUGCCAAGGUUCCAUAACAGUCCUGGAUUCAAGACUGCAGAGCCUUAUACACGUCUUUCCCCAGAGCUGACAGGGAGCGAGUGUAGUCAUAUUGUCUAUAUAAGGUUUUUAAAGGAAUUUUGCCAACUGACUAGUUUAGCUAGAAUGUUCACAUUUAUAGUACUGAGUGCUUGUUUGGUCUAUAUUUCUAUAAGUACUGUGUGACUCUGAAAAACACAGUUUGGUAGCGGCAACCAGAAAUAAAGUAUGCCAUCAAGAAACAUAAACAAGAUAUCAUGAUACCUCUCUCACAACUUAGCAGCUGUGAAAGGUGACAUAAAAUCCAGAAGUAAUAAAUGUAACAGUGUAAACUAUGCAUUAAUUGUACAAGCAAGAGAAUAAACCAUAAUUUGAUCUAAUAUUACCCAAAAUAGAUCCUGUCCAGCACCUGAAUAAAAGAAAAUCUGUGUAUGACAAUAGUAACAGCAAGCAUAUGUGGAAAGGUGUUUUAUCACAUGAUCCAUUGUGGAAAGCGUUCCUUUUAUCACAGAAGUCCAUGGGAUUGCAUAAAAAUAGAAGAAGAUGCUCUAGGUGUUAGGUGAGUUGAAGCGGCAUUCUCAGUGAAGAAAGACAUUGUCAAGUUGUUACAGAAUGAAUUUUCAUAAAUAGUCAUCUACAGCAGUGGAGAUUAAUUUAUAGUUAAUUUUGCAAGUAUGAUGAGUGAAAACAGUAAGACUGGAGUUUUUUGACAGUUGUGGCAUGAUAUGUCUUAAAUGCAGGAUGUUUAGAAUUAGAAUUAUAAUAAAAAUAUUGUAAUACUAAUAGUUCCUGUAUUGAAUGUAAUUAUCCUUUGUUUGAAGAUUAUCUGUAUACUGACCAUGGCCCACCACUGUCAGUAUAGGAUUGCUGUAGAUUUUGAGAAGAAAAUACAUGAGAUCUAUAGAGUAUGACCCUUAAAGUUCAUCUAGUUCAAACUCCCUGCAAUCAGCAGGGACAUCUUCAACUAGAUCAGGUUGCUUAGAGCCAUAUCCCACCUGACCUUGAAUGUUUCCAUAGAUAGGGCAUCCACUGCCUCUCUGAACAACCAGCUGCAGCAUUUUACAGUCUUCACUGUCAAAAAGCCUUCUUCCUUAUGUCUUGUCUAGAUCAAAACCAGGCCCUGAUGAAAAGUCUUUUUACAUCUUGCUUACAGACCCCUGUUAAGUACUGAAGGGUCAAAGGAAGUUCUCUCCAGAGUCUUGUCCAGGCUGAAUAACUCAAAGUCUCUCAGCCUUUCCUGAUAGGAGAGGUGUUCCAUCCCUCCACUCAUAUUUGUGGCUUUUUUCUGCACUAAGAGCAGAGGGACAGAAUGACCUGCCUUGACCUGUUGCCACACUUCUUUUGAUGAAGCACAGAACAGUAUGAUAAUCUUCCCUCAAAGAGAUGAUGUUUCUGAUAGUGCUGUUUAUGCGGAAGGGACUGAUGUGUCAGUACUUGGAGGUGUUUAGAGCCUCAGUAAUCAAAACAAAGCCAGGGAUUUCUAUUCAGUGCAAAAGUGUGGUAGACAGCUGUUUCUGAAGAAAUUUUGGAGAUAUGGAUUACACUGUAUAAUAGGUUAAUAGUACAUCUCAUCUUCCUUUAUAGUUAUAAACUUUACUUGCAUGUCCCAGAACCUGUGUCACAGGAAGUAGACAGGUGUGUCUCUGUGCAGUUUGAGAUCUCAUGCUACUCAUAAUCUUUGCUAAGAAGUCAUGAGUGUUAAAGCGUGAGUUUCAUUUCUAUUUGUGAUGCCAUGAUGCAGGGAGAAUCACAUGAGGCUAUAGUAAACACCUUGAAGUAGAAAAUGCAUGUCAUUCAUUGUGGCACAUGGCCACUCCAGUAAAGAUUACUGAGAGCUGUUAUAUGACAACAAAACAUACUCUAUGUGCUGCUUCACUGAAGAUUAUUCAUAGGAAGGAUUUUCCAGUCUAUUACAUACAAGGGUGAAGGAGAAAGAUUAUAUUGCAAAUUAAUCUACUGGAAUGAAUAUCUUGGUUUUUUCUGGGAUUAUUUUGUUUGGUUUAGCCUGAUUUGAUGACAUUGAGCACUCUGUGUUCUGCACUUGAGUUAAAAUUCAAGUCUUGUGCUAAUAAACUUAUUAAACAAUGUGUUUUCAUUAAACAAAUUGAAGAUUGCUGUUUAUUAUCACAUCACUAUAUGUUAAGAACAUAGAUGAAAACCAGAAAUAACUAUCUUGUGUAACCACAGAAAGAAUCAUAUGGAAAACAAAAGCUUCUUAAAGCAAAUGUGUGUAAUGAAUUUGUAGAUUGUACAUGGUGGACUUGCAAUGGCAGACUGUAAUUUUCAGAGCAGACCUACAUUUACUUCAGCCUUUCAGAGAGAAAGAAAAGUCUUGAGUAAUUAAUGUGAUACUUUGCUCAGAAGUAUUCUGACAUUAAUUUUGAGGAAAGAAAGGAAGUGUUAACAAACUCCUUAGUUAGGCUUGAGUCAUCUACUAAGUAUUUUUAGAGGUUUUAUUUUCUUGGUGGGCUCCAGGUUCCAAAGCAACCUGAUUUCGGUGCAGAAGCUUAUUACAUAUUUGGGUUUUUGGUAACUUGCACUGAAACUUCUACUUGUAAAACUUUUUCUUAGCUACCAUAAGAAAGAGAAAACUCCCAGAGGCAAGAUUUAAAUAUCUUCUAGUGUUUCUAGCCUAUUCUGAAUUAAAUGACUGCAUUUCCUAAUGAAUUUCCUAAUUAAUUUCUUUGUUAAUUGGCAAAAACAGCUUACAUUAAAUGUUUUGCACAGUAUGGAAGUCUGGGAUAGGCUUUCUCUAGUUCUUAUACAGCUGAAUUUGUGUAGUAUUUCUUUAGUAGGAGUCCAGGGUGUGGAGGGGCGGGGGGGCUGUGUGAGCAUGGGGAAGUCUGGAGAAGGCUUGGAGGUUUCACAAAAAACGGCAGAAGAUGGGAACAGGACAUACUAACUAAUUUGAAAAACUGAUGAUGUUCCAUGUUAGAGCGAGUUUGUACUUAUUAAUAUAUGGAAAGGUAUUAGUCACAAGAACUUGUACUAUACCUGUUGAAUACGUAAAGUCUUUUUUUUCUGUCAACUGCAUGUUUUCAACUUAAGUUUACUUAAAGUUUUGCUGAAAAGAAAUGUACAAAGACAGCCAUUCAAUUGAGGAUUAAUCACUAUGGCAACAGAAAUGUGGUGACUGAAAAGGGGGAGGAUGUAUUCUCCCCUCAGCUUCCUGCCAGCUGUCAUAUUCAACCUCUGCAGCAUUAAUUCAGGCCAAAAUAUAGACUGUGACCAGCUAAGAAACUUUAUCUGUAUUUUUAUAAAUUUGUACAAGAAUUGCACUAUAAAGGAAGACUUAAUCCCCUGAAUUGGAUGACAGACAUUUGGCACUAUUGCCAGUGUUUGACAGAGAAAUAACCAGAUGCUUUGUAGUAAAACCUGGAUUAAUGGUAAACCCCUCUUUAUGUUAUUGCAAUGUGGUGUAAAUGAGAAAACUAAGCAUGCUGUCAGGCUAGGAAAAAACAUGCCCUUUGUAUCUCCAAUGCAGAUUUAAAUACUGUUGAGAAUACUCUAAAUACAAAAGUUGUGUCAUUAAGAACUCUAUCUUAUUUGUAUUACAUUGACAUUUUGUAGAUUAUUUAAACAAAGACUUUCUAUGAGUUGUAGGAACUGUGAUUGCAGUGUGUUUGCACAGCUUUCAGAUUGAACAAGUUCAGAUAGUUGUUUACAAAGAGUAGGCUUUUGGAAGAUAACAUGCCUUUGUCCUUGCUCUUCUAGGAUGGGGAAAUACUCAGCUUUAAAGUAAUUGUUCCCAAAUGAUUGGCCUGUAAUGCUGCUUUAUUGAGUUUACUGGUUCAGUUUGCAAUGGAAUUAACCGUUCCACUAUUCCGCUUUUGUUUGUGUUUUUGUAAUGUAGUGAGUUAAAAUGUGGCGUUCUUUGAAGCUUGUAGUGGAGGUUUCAUUAUGAUGUAUGUGCAUCGCCUUUGGUUUUGCUACUCUUUGACGGAAGGAUGAUGGCUGCAAGUCCUCAGCUUCUGCUGGAAUAAGCAAUUACCUUAAGCUUUGAAUUCUGGGACAGGCUGAGUAUCUCCUCUCAUUCUCAACAGUAAUAACUAUAUUGAUUCAAGGUCAGCUUUUUGGUGAAAGACAGUAGUAUGUCUUUUGAGUUACUUUAGGUAAAGGUUCAAAAACUUAAGAUUGAUCCUAAUGAGAAAUUCUUGCUCUGUUACCUGAUUAUAGAAGAAACAGACUCAAGUAAAUGUGAAAUAGAGAGGAUGCAAUCUGUUCUCAAUUGAUAUAGUAGUCAAUUCUCCAGUACCAAGCGAAAGAUUAGAGUUUAUGGAAUGUCCUUGUCUGAGUUUGUUUAUGCAGUAAAGCUACGUGUGACAUACAUGGGGAAAUGACUAUGUAUUACUCUAACAUUUGUGUAAUUUUAUCAGAUUUAAUUCUACUGGGGUGUUGGUGCUGGCAAAAUAUUUUGGAGGAGUAAUUUAGAUCUGUAAUAAAUCUUAACAGUUUUUAUAACUUGAAAAAUAUUUCUGCUCUUAGUCUGCUGGGAUACAUUCAAAUAUUAGAUACACUUGAAAUCAUACCCAACACAAUUUGUUUUACUCAGAAAGCUUGAUAUAAAUAUAGUUAUCCUAAAGUAUUCUAAAAUGUUAAGGUAGGUUACCUUCAUUUUCUAAGACAGUUAAGGUAUUGACUGUUGACUAUAUAUUACUUGUAAUUCUCAUUCUACAACCUUAUUUUUUUAGAACAGCAGAUGCGUUCAUUCAGUGACUGCUUUUCCAUUAAAAAAGAUAAAUUCAAAGGAAAAAACUAAUGUCCACAUCAAAAAUAGUUUUGAAAUAUUGUAAGAUUCAGGCUCAUUUCAAACUAGAAUCUAUAACUCACUGUAAGUCUCUGAAGUACAGUUUGUUCAGUAGUGUGUUCUUGGCAAGUAGAAAAGUAAUUCUAGUUUAUUUACAAUUCAUGUGAAAGUAGAUACUUUUUUUUUCUAAUUAUGUUUUUUGUCUUCACCGUGUGGACCUCAUUUUUAAAGAAACUGCAUGAAAUUUAUUACAAUUUACUAUUACAAUUUAUCUUCCUUGUCCUACAACAAUAAUUUAGGAAGAAAUUCUUGUGUGACAUGUACAUGCACUAGAUUAGGUUUAAAAUGUGCCUUCCAACUCAAACUGCUCUAUCAGUCUGUGUAGAAGAGAGAAGGAGACAUGACCAAGAAUGGACAGUCAGGUAUCAAACAUUUCUUGGUACUUUGUGUAUGUUCUGACAGCAAAAAAACAUUGGUAAAAUAAAAAUAAUAUGUAGCAAUAGCAUAUGUUCAAGAAAAGCAUAUAGAAGGGUCAUAAUAAUUAAUAUGUAUAAUUGGAAAAAUUGCUAGGGGAAAAAAACCCAAACCAACAAAAACCUCCAAACUAGACCAAAAAACCAUAAGGAAAAACUGCAAAAGGGAAAAAGGAUUAGUUGAAAUAAUUUAGAAUUGUAGUUUGCACAGAUAAAGAUACUGGAAUACAGUAUCAAAUCAUCAAAUUAAUAGCAAUCAUCCAAAACCAACUUCAACUCUCAAUGUAUUGGGAAAGUAAUGUCUUUUCUCCAGUUUUGAGGGAAGGGGGAAAUAUAAAUUAAUAUAAAAUAUAAAUUAAGAUACGGCAUAAUGGUUUAUUAUUUGUUGUAAGAUGCAUUUCAAGAGGUUAGUCAUACUGAAUUUACUGUUUCUUUCUUUUCUGUUUUUUGGGUGACUGCAAGGCAACUAGACAUUUUAGAAGGCUAUUCUUGUUUAUUAUAGAAAUGUAAAUAAUGAAACUGUGCAAUGAUAAAUAUCUUGGAUAUCUAACAGCAGUGCUUUCAUGCAUACCUAAGGAGAAAAGUCUUAUAACACUGGGGGCAAGUCAGAGGAUGACUGGAAGUCAGUAUCUGGCAAAACAGUUACUGUAGGGAUACUUUGGGUAAUGAGGUACUGAAAGAGAGGAAGGUGCUUGAACAUGGUGCAACUAUGGCUGAAGAAUAAUUAUGCAAACAUUUUCAGCUUCAGGCUUCUGAUGGAUGUUCAUUAUCCUCCAAGUCUGGUUUCUUAACAAACUACCACAGACAUCAGACAGCUUAAAAAACAAGUAUCUCUGUUUCUCUUUUUUCUCUACUUAAUCUUACUCCAGCUUCUGCCCACUUAGUCUCCCAUGCCUUUUCAUCUUACUGUAUUUAAAAAAGUGAAGCAUUGUUGUCCAUUGCCUGGCUUGAAGGGACAAAAGAAAAGGAAUUUACUGGUUUAAAGUGUCCAAGCAUCUCAGUCAUAUCGGAUGAUGCAUAUAUGUGGACUAGCAUUCAUUGUUCCAGAGUAUAGAGCUGCCUCUUUAUGUGUGUUACAAGGACAAAUACUGAAGUUUUGUACAGUCAAAGAUAGACCAAAAUUUGACUUGGUAGAUGUAUACUGUUUUUAAAUAACUGCUGUAACUAGGCAUCAGGAGACAGAUUGCCAUACAGGGCUAACAGGUCCAAGAGUUGUAGAUUCAAGGUGAAAACUUGAAGUAGGUAUUACUGCUGCCAUUCUUCCUGAAGAGUGUUACCCUUAAAUGGGUUCUGUGACGCUUAAUGUGCAGAUAGUCUAGCAUUUUUGCUACAUUCUUGAUUGCUACAUUAGGUAAUGUAUAAUUCAAAGGAAUCAAAACUUGUUAUUGGUAUGCAAAACUCAAGAGUUCCCUUACUUUCAAGAGUAAGGGAAUUGCAUAACAAAAGAAGAAGGGAUCAAAACCAUCAUAGACUAAAUGGGACAUGAAAGGGGUCAAUAUAUGCUUUCUUUGGAGUAUUUUUCCAUUGUAGUAAUAAUCCCUGAGUUUUCUGAAUACUUUAGAAACCAUUUUCUGAGCAACUACUUAAUCUUCUUUCCCAUUGCAAUACAUAAAAAAUGUCUUAAGUGUAGUAGAUCAAGGGGGAAUAGGAGAAGAGAACAAGGAUAAGACAGGAAGGACUGACUACAGUUUUGUGGGUUUUUCUGUGGUUCACAAUAGCAGUUCAAAAAAAGUACUUUAUUGUACUUUUAUUAACUUUUUCUUUGCAUUUAGUUGGAUAUUUGUGGAGUGUAACUUUUUCUCAUUUCAUUUUUUCAAUUAAAAAACACUGUCUUGUGCUAAACUGCUUGCAUGGUCUUUAUCUUAUAUGUAUGCCUUUGAAAGUAAAUAAAGUGUGCAUUUCUUUUGAACUUGUGAAGAUUUUCUUGACAAAAUGGAAGUGGAUAAAGUUUAAUAAAGUAGUAAAAAUACUGCAUUCAGUAAUGCAAUCAAAAUUUUUUAUCUUUGAUGUCAGUGUAGUUAUUUUGCUGUACCUCGUUCCCCUCCCCCUCAUGUUUGUGAAAACAGAAAUGUAUAAUGGUGUUACAGAUAAUUCAAUAUAGACAAACAUCAUUUGUCAGAUGACAAAAAAGUGUUGGUUCAAUUUAAGUGAAAUUUCCGCUUUGAUCCAUAGAAAUUUUAUAACAUGCACUGAAAAGGCAUAUUGUGUUUAAUGCAUUUAAAUAUUUAGUAGAGACUUUCCUGAUUGCUGUCAUUUCUGUCUGUCAGUAUUCUUUUAACAUACAGCAUACAGAAAGAGUUCUGUUUCUUUUAUUAUUCCAUCAUACAGAAUGCAAGUAUGACAUAUUGAAUGUCAUACAGAGUGUGACAUUCAAUAGUACAAGCAGAUUAAAUGUGCUAGUGUCUGUAGCAGAACAAGAGUCAGAGGCUUCUAGCUGAAUCAAGUUGUCUUGAUUUCAGUCUUACUUUGUGAGAUUGUCUUAUGCGUGUGAUAAGUGUGAUCAUUCGUGUGAGCAUGACCAGCACUAUACGCGGCAUUUCAUGUAGAAGCGAGGAGUGUAGACACAGUAAUUUGUCAGUGAAAGGGCUUGGGGAACAGAAAAAUACAGAAAGCUGUUGAAAAGAAAUUUUCAUUAUGAGAUCAGUGAUUCAGAGGGCAGAUAUUGAAAGAUAAUUGAAAAGAUACUGUCCAUAAGAUGAAUUAAUUUAGGACGGCCAUGCAGGAAGUCAAAUUCAAAAGAAAGCAAAAUAGUAUACAAUAUUGACAGCACUGGAAUAUUGACUGAAGUUUUCACUUUUUGAUAGUAAUGCUAAUAGAAAGUUAGAAUAUUUUCAUCUCAUUUUUCAAGUCUUACUUAUACAUAGACCCUGUCACACAUUGUGUCAUUCAGAGUAAUAAACAUCAGAUUUGACCUUUAACAAACAUGGAACCAUCUAAAAAAACCAGUGUUUUAGGUUUAUUUUUUUAAAAAGUGUAUUUUUUAAAAAAAUAAGUUCCUGGGGUUAGGAGCUGGGUAUUGGGCUUUCUAAAAUGUUUGCCUGUUCAGCAGAAUCAGUUGUUGUGUUUCAGCCUUACUGAGUAUCCUGUAACCAAUUGCCUUUUCUCUGGGGAACUGGGAAGUUUUUCAGGAGUAACUCACAAUGGCUGCAGACUUUCACUGGAAUUCGCUCCUGCAGUUCUUGCAAUAAUUUUUUUUACAGUAACUAUUUCUGCCAUGAGUUAAAGAAACCCCACCUUUAAACAACUUAUUUAAGUAGAAGAAGACAUGCUCUUUGUAUAUAUUUGGUGGUAUUUUGAUGUUGUUCUUUUGGGUGGUGCAGUGUACCUAAAAUUUUAUGCUUCCAGAACUCAGUAUUGCCUUUUGUGCAUUUAUAUGCAAUUAAUAAUACUUCUAACAUUAAAUGUGGUUCUUUGCAAAGACAAGCAAUUUUAUGACUUUCAGUGUGUUUAAAACAUUUGGCUUUUUUUCCCAAAGAUAUUAAAAAUCUUCUUUGUUUGAACAGAUGUGUAAACCAAAGUAUUACUGCCUUAUAUACUUUGGUCUUGUUUAAUGAGAGGUAGAUUGAUGUACAUUUAUGAGGUUUAACGUAACUUUAAGACAGACAUUUACAUGGUUCGCCUUGUAUUCUAUUCAAGUUAUACUUUCUUGAAUCAAGUUAUAUUUUCUUGAUUUAAAUUAUACAGCCCUAAUUUCCUAACAGAGUGAAAAAUAGUCUGUCGUAUCAUAGUGAGAUCAGAAUACUGUAAGUAUUUUUCAUGAAAAAAAUCCAUAAAAAUAUUUUUUUUUUAAAACCAUGGUUGCUUUCUUCUUUGAAAAUACAUUUUCCAAGUAAAAAAGUUAACAAAUAUGUACAGAAUCAGCAAGAGAACUGUAGAAUAUUUAUCCUAUAGAUAGCAUGUGCUAAUUCAGUCUUAAUUUUAUUACUAGUAUUAUAAUAUUAUUGGGAGAAUAUGGUUUUUAUCUUAAUUGGGAUGGGCUUUCAGUGUUGUUUAGAGUAACAUAAUGGUGAAGUAAAACUUUGGUCUUUGGAGCUGUACAUUUGUCUUAUAGUGAAAAUUUAUGCCUCUAGGUUCUGUAAUGUUAACAUCUCUCUCUGUAUGCUAGUUUGAGGUUACUUACCAAAGUAGUGGACUGAGAACACAUGUGAGAUCCUAAGACUCAAGAACAUUGUGAGCAGCCCAUGAAAAUAAAGGAAAUGGACAUGGAUCAAAUAGAAAAACAUUGGGAAGAAACAGUGUAGAUCUGAAACCAGAUUUUGAACAGCAGAUGACAAGGUGUGAAUGCAAUUUGUGAUUUAAUCUCUAAAGCGGAGUUUGUAGGGAGACUGAGGAUAUUGCUAAGCAGGUAUGUUUUGGCAAAGGGGAAAUUUUGGUGAGAAUUUGUGAGAGUUUAAGAAAAAUAACUCAGGUUUAAAUAGGAUCAUAUUUUUGGCCAAGAUGUCAGAGAAGCAAGAUUUCCCUUCAAUGUCCCUGGAAUUUUGCGGCUGAGCAGGGAGUGUGCAUUUCAGCUCCAAAUCCCAAUCCUAGUGUUCAGUCUAGUAAUGCUACUUACAAGGGACAGAAUUCGGUGCAGUUGGGUGCAUUGUUACAUCAGAGGCACAGCUGUUCUAAUGACUUCAAUGUCUCC